UGUUACUUUAGUACUGGCUCGGUGUUUAUAUUGGAAGUACGUUAUUAAAAUGGCCGUGCGGUUGGCUAAAAUAAAUAAAUUACUCGUAAAAUGUGGCAAUGUAACAGGUUUUCGAUGUAUGUCGCACUAUCCUAUAGAUGAACAGAUAUUUGGACUCAAUAGCGACCAACAGCAGCUGCGGCAACUGGUUUUCGAUUUCGCGCAAAAAGAACUGGCGCCCAAAGCAGCUGACAUCGACAGAGAGAACAACUUUAAAGAGUUAAGAGACUUUUGGAAGAAACUCGGCAACCUUGGAUUGCUUGGUAUAACGGCAAAUCCAGACUAUGGCGGAACAGGCGGGAAAUACACCGACCACUGCGUCAUCAUGGAAGAGUUGUCAAGAGCCAGUGGUUCCAUAGCGCUGUCGUACGGUGCACAUUCAAACUUGUGCGUCAACCAAAUCAACAGAAAUGGCACACAUGAACAGAAAAGCAAAUAUCUUCCUAAGCUCUGUUCAGGCGAACACAUGGGUGCCCUCGCGAUGUCAGAGCCGGGCGCCGGCAGCGACGUCGUCUCCAUGAGGUUGCGAGCGGAGAAGAAAGGAGACUAUUACGUCCUCAAUGGAAGCAAGUUUUGGAUCACGAACGGACCGGAUGCUGACGUUUUGGUGGUAUACGCAAAAACAAAUUUUACAAGCAAGCCCCAACAUGGUAUAUCAGCGUUCUUAAUAGAAAAAGAUUAUCCCGGAUUUUCUACAGCACAAAAACUAGACAAACUUGGCAUGAGGGGAUCAAACACUGGUGAAUUAGUUUUUGAAGAUUGUAAGGUGCCAGCAACAAAUUUACUAGGAGAAGAGAAUAAAGGAGUAUACGUUCUGAUGUCAGGGCUGGAUUUAGAGAGGUUGGUACUAGCUGCCGGGCCAGUAGGGUUGAUGCAAGCCGCCGCCGAUGUCGCGUUUGAAUACGCUCACACCAGAAAACAGUUUGGAACCAGAAUAGGAGAGUUCCAACUAUUACAGGGUAAAAUGGCUGAUAUGUACACAACACUGAGCGCGUGUAGGAGUUAUUUGUACAACGUCGCUAAAGCUUGCGACGACGGACAUGUCAACAGCAAGGAUUGCGCCGGAGCUAUUCUCUACUGCGCUGAAAAGGCCACUCAAGUUGCCCUAGACGCUAUUCAAAUAUUGGGAGGUAACGGUUACAUCAACGACUAUCCCACUGGCCGGAUACUGAGGGACGCGAAGCUCUACGAAAUUGGUGCUGGUACUUCGGAGGUCAGAAGAAUGCUUAUUGGAAGAUCUUUGAAUAGUGAAUAUAAAUGAAAAAAACAAAAUUAUUGACACAAAUAUAUAUUUUUUUAUUGAAUAAAUAAUUAUUUAUUAAAUACUA